CCCGCGGUCACGUGCCCCCCGGGCGCGCGCCGCUCCCCCUCCGCCGCGCGGUUCCGCUUCCGCUGUGGCGCCCCCUGGCGACUCGGCUGCGCGCUCUUCCCGCCUCGGCUCGCCCGCGGCCCUCGCGUCCCCGGCGAUGGAGGAGGCGGCGGCAGAAGGCGCCGAGGCGGGCGGCGGCUGCGGAGGCGGCGCGGAGGAGCCCGUGGUCUCCUUGGCGGAGGUGCUGGCGGAGAACGAGGAGCUGGAGAAGGAGGCGCGGGCCGUCCUGGGCGGCAGCGACCACGAGCGCUGUAGCUACGCGCAGGGCGCGGUGCGGCGACAGGCCCUGUACGCCUGCGGCACCUGCACACCACCCGGCGCGGAGCCCGCGGGGAUCUGCCUGGCCUGCAGCUACGAGUGCCACGGCUCCCACCGCCUCUUCGAGCUCUACACCAAGAGGAACUUCCGCUGUGACUGUGGAAAUAGCAAGUUCAAAAAUCUACAGUGCAAGUUAUUCCCAGAUAAGAGCAAGGUGAAUUCAGGCAAUAAGUAUAAUGACAAUUUCUAUGGAUUAUACUGUACUUGUAAAAGACCUUAUCCUGAUCCUGAAGAUGAGAUUCCAGAUGAGAUGAUCCAAUGCAUAGUUUGCGAAGACUGGUUCCAUGGAAGGCAUCUUGGUGCGGUCCCUCCUGACAGUGGAGACUUCCAUGAAAUGGUAUGCCAAACCUGCAUGAAUCACUGCCCUUUCCUGUGGGCCUAUGCAUCACAAUUAGCAGUUCCUGCUUUGACCAAAAUGAACUCCCUUGAAGAUGAAGGGAUUGUCCUGAAGGCUGAGGAAGGUGAAGAGCAGAAAAAAGAAAUAAAAAAAGAAAGUGGAGUAGAACACCAGGAAAUGAAGGAGGAAAAGCAAAUGGAUCAGUUUAAUGAACCAUCCACUAGCUCUGGGUCUGCUUGUCCAGAGGUAGUUACUAAGAGUGAGAAGCCAGUCUGCAAGCUGAAAGAACUCCAAAGCAAGCAAUUCUUGAAAAAAGAUACUGCCACCUUUUGGCCAUCAAACUGGAGAAGCAAAUUAUGCACCUGUGAAGAGUGUUUGAAAAUGUAUUCAGAGCUUGAAGUCCAGUUCCUGACAGAUGAAUGUGACACUGUUUUGGCUUACGAAAAUAAGGGUACCAGUGACCAAGAAACAGAGAGAAGAGAUCCUUUAAUGGACACCCUUAACAGCAUGAACAGAGUUCAGCAAGUAGAACUCAUCUGUGAAUACAACGAUUUAAAGACAGAACUGACCGACUAUCUCAGGAGAUUUGCAGAUGAGGGAACGGUGGUCAAAAGAGAAGAUAUUCAGCACUUCUUUGAAGAAUUUCAGUCACGGAAAAGACGACGGACUAACAGGAUGCAGUACUACUGUAGUUAGACUGAGAGGGUUUGGGUCUGAAUAGACAACUGCGACAACAAUAUUCACUGGCAAACAGCAGAGGCAUCUUCAGUAUUUGGCUUGUCAUAAAAAUCCAACUGUCCAAGAAACGUCUUUGUUUUGUCUCAUUCUUCUUUUAUCUGUAGCCACUAAACUGUGUUUUUAACAGGUUCAUUGCAUUUUUAGGGAUUUCAGUACUGACCGGCUUUGCAUUCCACUGAGGGUUAGCCUGGUCUCGGGAGCGGAGGGCCGCUACGCGAGCAGCGUGCGGCUGCGCGUUCCCCUUGGCCUCUCACCCAUGUGACUGCUGGCGCCUGUCGCUGUGCACAGGGCUGAAUGGGGCUCGCAGGCUGUACCCACGCCGGGGCUUUGUGGGACAGGAGGUAUUGCCUUCCUGCUUUCAGCACCUCUGUGCCGCCUGCUGGGUGCUCCCUGCCCACCCUCAGUGUCUCCUUACCGCACAGAGGAGCUGUGGCUCCUGGAAGGGUAACGUGGGCACGUGUUACAGUCGAGGCUGUUUGAGGCAGCAGUAUUUGACACGUGGGUGACACCAGGUGACCAGAGCUGCAUGUUUGCUCCAACCGUGGAAACGCUCCCUGGGCAGGUGAAAAAUGGGAAAUCAGGUUAGGCUUGAUGCAACAGAAUGUUUUACAUGUUUUUAUAAAUUCAAACCUGCUGUUUCCAAUAUUGUACAGUGAUGUUUUACAUGCAAAACUUUGUCACAUGAACCUUAUCCGCUCACUAGAAUGUAAAUAACUUCUGGGAGGAGAGACGACAUUACAGAUGAAGCACAGGGGUGGGUUUGUUACAGGACUUCCUAACAUGCUUUGAUUUUAAAAACGAGCCUACUUCCAACUAUUCGACUUCUGAGCGUUCCUGAAAGCACGGCAGCAUCCUGGCAUUUUGCUAUGGUAGAAAAAAAUGAUCUUUCUCUAAUCACUGUGAUAAUCACAGAACAGGAAAAGAUUCACUGCCUAUCAAGAAUCUACACUUAACUACAAUUAAAUAUACUUUUUGUAAGUUUGGAGCCUAAUGUAGGUUUUAGUUUUCUCUAUGCAUAAGCCCCAAAUCAUUCUUUAACCAUGUUCUAACUUUUAACCCCAGCUUUAGGUAGUUGGAAGAUUUCUUUGCCACGGGGCUCUAUUCUGCUUCCAUGUUAAUGCCUUUUGAGAAGAAACCCAGACCUUUAUCUUUCCUUCUUCCUGUUCAUUGUUUCUGACCACUUUUAUUUACAAAAGCCAGCCCUCGCGUAGAGGUUUGUUUCACGCAAAAUGACUGAUUGCUUUUCAAUUUAACUCUGGUUCUUGUAUGUGGGGAUUUUUGUAGCAGCUGUUGCGGGAGUUGUAACUGCAUAUCUAAAAUAAAAACAAAAUAACAGUCGGUGCUGUUGUGU